CUGCUGAAGGAGGGGGGUAUUUUUCAUUGUACUCACCAGUGGCAGUGAACUCCCCACCUUCAAUCCUUGUCUUUUUCUCCUUGUUUUUUCUCAUUUCUAUUAUUUUCCCGAGAAACAAACAGCAGGGACAAACUCAACUUGAGGCAGCCACACAUUGUGUACUGUCAAAUGGACCCAACUUAUUGGCAUUUGAUCAUGCUACUUGCCUGGGCACUUGACCUGAACAAUGUGGAUGGAAGAACUCAUUUUUACAUGGACCAGAGUCCUGCAACUUCCCCUGCUUAUCCUCCUCUUGUUCCUUCAGACCCCAGCGUUGAUGCUCCUGCUCCUGCUCCUGUUGCUGCCCCUCCUUCAACAUCAAAAUGUGUUUUCGAUGUGACGUCUUCUGGGGCGAUCGGGGACGGCUCCAAUGAUGACACUGUUGCAUUCAUGGCAGCAUGGAAAGCUGCCUGUGCGGUGGAAUCCGGUGUUCUUUUGGCCCCCUCAGGCUACACAUUCGUGAUCACUUCAACCAUUUUCUCAGGCCCCUGUAAGCCAGGACUAGUGUUCCAAGUGGAUGGAGUCCUAAUGCCCCCCAAUGGGCCGGAUUGCUGGCCAGAAUCAGACAGCAAGAAGCAGUGGCUGGUGUUUUAUCGACUCCAUCAGAUGACACUCACCGGAACUGGAACCAUUGAAGGCAAUGGCCGGGAGUGGUGGGAACUCCCCUGCAAACCUCACCGGGGUCCCGGUGGAUCAACCUUGCCUGGACCGUGUGACAGUCCUGCUUUAAUUCGCUUCUUCAUGAGCUCGAAUUUGGUGGUUAGUGGGUUGUGUAUCCAAAACAGUCCGCAGUUCCACAUGAAAUUUGAUGGCUGCGAGGGAGUGCUUAUCGACAAGUUGUCAAUUUCUUCCCCUAAGCUUAGCCCCAAUACUGAUGGCAUCCACAUCGAAAACACCAAGUAUGUCGGCAUAUACAACUCUGUAAUAGCAAAUGGCGAUGAUUGCAUUUCAAUUGGACCCGGGUGUUCAAAUGUCGAUGUAGAAGGCGUGACUUGUGGCCCGAGUCACGGGAUCAGCAUCGGAAGCCUGGGGGUACAAAAUUCGCAAGCUUGCGUUUCGAACAUUACAGUGCGAAAUGCAAUGAUAAAGGACUCGGACAAUGGGGUGAGGAUCAAGACCUGGCAAGGCGGGAUGGGCUCAGUAUCUGGGAUAGUGUUCGAGAACAUCCAAAUGGAAAACGUGAGGAACUGCAUAAUCAUCGACCAGUACUACUGCUUGACAAAGGCUUGUCGAAACCAGACCUCCGCUGUUUACCUCACUGACGUAUCCUACAGCAACAUUAAGGGCACGUACGACGUGCGCAGCCCUCCAAUUCACUUCGCCUGCAGCGACACGGUGCCCUGCACCAACAUAACCAUGUCAGAAGUCGAGCUCCUGCCACACGAAGGAGAGCUGGUCGACGAUCCAUUCUGCUGGAAUUCCUAUGGAACUCAACAGACCUUGACUAUACCUCCCAUUGAUUGCUUGCAGGAUGGGGAGCCUCAGUCCGUGGGAGAGGUCUCCACAUAUGGUGGUGGUUGCUAGGAGGUAACACAUUUUUACGUCUUUUUAACUAUCUAGUCAGCGCUAAUUUGGCAAUGCGGUUUGACCGCCUAUAAGCUAUUCAUUUAGCGCAUAAGUUAUAAAGCUUUUUUUCUUAUGUGUUUGAAUGUUAU